UUUCGGUUGGAUGAGCGUAACCAGCCGUCUCUCAAACAGCCUUUCGAGUCUGUCAGCGGUGUGUACGUUACUUCUUCCUCUGGUCCUACAGUUGGAGACAUGCUGCUAUUUGCUCUGAGACAACUCACACGGCCACUGUGCCAGCGGGUACCUGUUUGUCUCAGUGUGCGUGCCCACCAGUCUCACACUGCCACACGUACAGCAGAUGAAGAUCGUCCUUGGACGGGUCAGGAGAGCCUGGCCCAGGAUGACCCCGAGAUGUGGGAUCUGCUGCAGAAGGAGAAGGACAGGCAGUGCCGUGGUUUGGAGCUCAUUGCAUCGGAGAAUUUCUGCAGCCGAGCAGCUCUAGAAGCUCUCGGCUCCUGUCUUAACAACAAAUACUCUGAAGGCUACCCAGGGAGAAGGUAUUACGGUGGAGCAGAAGUGGUUGACCAAAUUGAGCUGCUCUGUCAGAAGCGAGCCCUGGAGGCCUUUGACCUGGACCCAGCUCAGUGGGGUGUCAAUGUCCAACCGUACUCUGGUUCUCCUGCCAACUUUGCCACUUACACCGCUGUGCUCAAUCCCCAUGACCGCAUCAUGGGCCUGGACCUACCCGAUGGUGGACAUCUGACCCACGGUUACAUGUCUGAUGUGAAAAGAAUCUCUGCAACCUCAAUCUAUUUUGAGUCCAUGCCUUACAAGCUGAAUACUGCAACAGGACUUAUAGACUACGACCAGAUGGAGAUAACGGCCAAGCUGUUCCGGCCCAAGCUCAUCAUCGCUGGCACCAGUGCCUAUGCCCGGCUCAUUGACUAUGCCCGCAUCAAGAAGCUGUGCACCAACAUCAAUGCCUACAUGCUUGCUGACAUGGCUCAUAUCAGUGGCCUGGUGGCAGCCAAAGCCAUCCCCUCGCCCUUUGAACAUGCUGACCUGGUCACUUCUACCACACACAAGUCACUGCGUGGAGCAAGGGCUGGCCUCAUCUUCUAUCGGAAGGGUGUUCGCUCAGUUGACAAGAAGGGAAAGGAAAUCGUGUACGACCUUGAGGACAAGGUCAACUUUUCUGUCUUUCCUUCCCUGCAGGGUGGACCCCAUAACCAUGCCAUUGCUGGUGUAGCAGUGGCACUCAAACAGGCACAGUCUCCCAUCUUCAAAGAGUAUAUUGACCAGGUGAUAAAGAAUGCCAAGGCUAUGGCUGCUGCUCUUCUCAGCAAAGGCUACACCCUGGUAUCAGGUGGGACCGACACCCACCUGGUCCUUGUGGACCUGCGACCUAAGGGUAUUGAUGGGGCACGGGCUGAGAGGGUGCUGGAGCUUGCGUCAAUCACCGCCAAUAAGAAUACCUGCCCCGGGGACAAGAGUGCCCUGACUCCUGGUGGCCUCAGGCUAGGUGCUCCAGCCUUGACCUCGAGACAGUUCAAAGAAGCCGACUUUGUGCAAGUUGUCGAGUUCAUGGAUGAGGGUUUCCAGAUUGCACUGGAUGUCAAGAAAAAGACAGGAAAGCUCCAGGACUUCAAGAACUUCCUUCUUCAGGACCCAGAAACAGUGGCUCGCAUCGCAGAUCUGCGCUACCGUGUUGAAGCUUUUGCCAGGCCCUUUCCCAUGCCAGGGUUCGCCGACCAUUAGCCUAUUCACUGUGGAGUCACAGAGCUGCCGCAGCCAGAUGGCAGAAAGCCGGCUGGGCAAAAGUGUGCAUGGAGCAAAAUGUAAUGCUAGUGAAAUGUGGCUGGUGCUUGUGAAUUGAGAUGACUUGAGUUCACUUUUUCCAAUCAGAGAUGGGGAAACAAUUUUUAUACCAUUUUGCAGUCGUGAGUCGGACUGUUUGGGUAAAAACAUAGCUUCCAUGUUGAGUUAAAGAACCAAUCAAAUGUGACAGAUUUUCUAGAGCAGAACAACAUAUUUUCUAUUGUAUAUGUCAAGAUUUUCUUCUCCACACCAUUUCUUAAAAAAGCGUGUGUGGAAGAGGAAAAAAUAGCAUGUCUAAUGAAACAAUAACCAACAGUCAGUGUCACAGUCUCUGUGACUUGGUAAGUGCAUAAUUAGUUACUUUAAUAAGAUGCACAGAGUCUUAAUUCAUUGAAGAGUCCUAACUAAUAUCACUAAUGUCAUUUAAAGGUGAGUGGGUGUGUUAGCCUUUUUUUUUUUUUUUCUUUUUUUUCUUUCCAGAAAAGGAUGCACACUAGAAACUGCUUUGAUCAGUUCAAGAGUACAGCAGAAUUUAACCAAGGGAGUUAUCUUCUUUUGGGACCGCAGUUAUUGCAUCGUUUCUUCAAGCAUAUCAUAGAUGUCAGCUUAAGAUUUCUCUAUAUUUUAUUAUGUGAAAAUAGCUAUAAAUAACAAAAUGGAAUAGUAAAUAGCAUUCCUUAUCGAGUCCUACUUUUGGUGUGUUUACAAAGAAAUCUCUUUUCUAUAUAUUAUUUAAAAUGUAUUAACUGUAAUUACCACUAUGUCAUCUCAAUCUGAAGGUUUACAAUACCAUCCUCCUUUGUUAUAGAACAAGAAGGACACUGUAGUCUUGUGAUGGAAACUGAAAAAUAGAAAAUGAAGCUCCUUCACAGGAUACUUUGUUGUAUCUGGUUCAAGGAGUGGUACUGUCCUCAUUAUUACAGUGAGGAAACGAGAUGUCUUGUUGAACAAUUGAGAACUACGUAUUAGAAAUUGCAUGUUACUUUCUUACUUUGCAAAACGCACAUGGUUUGAACAAAUGCAAAUAAAUGAUCCACAUCACAACUUUGCCAAAAUAUAUUUUACUACAGUGUUCAUAAGUCUCUGAUCCAUUGGCAACUGCUGCAUACAAAGGUUUGAACUAACCUUUUACAGAACAUUUGUAUUAAUUUUAUUAGUGAAGUUCUAAUAAAGUCCAGAAAUGAAAA